AUACACGCGAGUGUGUCAGUGAUUACAGUUUACAGUCUAGCUGCUUUUUAGCGUUUGUAUGUUACUAUGGAUAUAAACGCUACUUUCAGCGUUUGUUUCCUGGGACAGUGCAUACUAUGUGCAUUUAAUUAACAAAGGACUUGUAUGAUUAUCGUGGCUGGUUCUAUAACGUUUCAAGUUUCAGCUCUAGUUUUUUUCAACCUCGUAUUACCUUUCAAAUUGUUUUACUGUUGUUAAACUGGUAGCCGGGAAUCAAGGGCUCUUUUAAACCGUUUUGCCUUGUGAAAUCAACAAUGGUUCGGUACCUGAUUCAAAAUUAAAAUUACAAAGAAGGGUAGUAGUCUUUAAUACUACUGCCUGAUGCUGCAUUUAUUAAUUAAAUAUGAGCUGGUUUCCUUGUAGCACAUAGGCAGCAUAGAUAUAUACCUAGUAUAUUCUGAUUAAGCGUCUAUCAUGGCAGAGAGAGAAGCAGAAAGUGAAAAGUCGAAGACGGAGGCAGCUUCUACUCCUGUGAUUUCGGAGCAGGAAAGGGAAUGGGCACAGGCAGCAUUAGCGGACUUUAAUAAAGGAAAUUUUUCGUCAUGCAUUCAAUACCUAGCAAAAUUAGAAGCGGCUCGACCACAGGAUAUUAAAGUGUUGCAUAACAAAGCAGUGGCAGAGUAUUACAAAAGUGAACUAAAGAAAACGGAUCUAUUCCGCAAAAAUAUGAAUUUAGUUUGCUCUCAGGCUCAUAUCAACAUUGAAGACCUGGAUUCAUUAGAAGAUGUAGAACAUUGUGUUAUAUAUUAUAACCAAGCUGUUCUCUUAUACCACCUGAAGCAGUAUCAUGCAGCACUCAAAAUCAUGAACAAAAUUUUCAGCUUUAUUGAGCCAAUGGAAGAAAGUCUUGCCCAUCGUGUGUGUCUUCUUGUUGUUGAGCUGCACUUAUGCACUUAUCAGCCAGAGAAAGCUUUGACCCUGAUUGCAUACAUUGAAAACCAGUUUGUUUCAACAGACACUGUAAUAUCUUCUGAAAAGGAGAUUAAACCUUUAGAAAAGGAACACAAAGAGAAAAAGACUGUUUCAGUUGAUGCAGCUACAGAUGCAUUCCAUUUGAAAUUAUUACAGUACAGAGCUCGUUGUUUCCUUCUCACUCACACUUUGAAAGCAUGCAAAAGGGAAAUUAAGAACUUAGUUACAUCUGGAGGAAGGACAAUGGCAACUGCUUUUCUGAAAGGGAAUCUGGAAUAUCUGAGAGGAAAUUACAGAAAAGCUAUAAAAGCCUUAAGCUCUGUCCCACAGAACACACUAGCAUUCAAGGAUUGUGGUGAAUCUACUUCAGUGUUGUUUUAUAACAACAAUGGAUGCAUUCAUCAUUAUAUGGGCAAACCAAAUCUUGCCUGCUUUUACAUGCAGAAAGCUUUCCAGGAAAAUGAAAAUGCCUUGAAUAGCCUGUCGAAACCAGAACCUGUGGAACCAUAUUCUGGCAGGCCUCUGUUUACACUGGGCUCAUCUCGUUUCUAUGAACUGAAGUACAAUCUAGGCAUUUGUCUUCUGCAUGCAGGAAAAGCUGUUCAGGCAUUUGAUUGCCUCAUUGAUGCAGUCCAAGUGUAUCAUAUGAACCCAAGGCUAUGGCUGCGUCUUGCUGAGUGCUGUAUUAUGGCACAUAAAUCUAGUAAUGAGCAUGACUUCAACAUCCAUGCGCGACGGAAGGAUCUAGUGCAAAAAGUUAUCGGUGCUGGCUGCCAUCGGAAAAUUGUACUGGCCUCAUCGCUCAAUGCCAGUGAACAGCACGCACAGCAAGAGAAUCAGUCUCCGUCUGUUCCUUCUAUUACACUGGAAUUUGCAGCCCUCUGCCUUCGCAACACAUUAGUUCUUCUCCCAGCACUUGAUGCUGCCAGCAGCAUUGUUCCUCCUCUUACAACUGAUACAGUCUCAGUAACAGACAAUACAGUUUCAGGUGAAACUUGCUCUGCAGGUGCAGGUGCAAAUGGCCUUGACGGCAUACCACCUACACCAGCUGGAGUUUAUGCUGCACCUACAGCCCCAAUGGCACAACAUGAGGUAGCGUCAUUACGAUGUUCUACACUAGCAGCAGCUGCAUAUGUGUCUUUGUGCCUGGGAGAUUUUAUAACAGCUCUACAGCAUAGUAGAAAUUUGCUUAAACAGCCUCGUCUCUCAGGAGCACAUCAAUUGUUGGGGCAUCUUUACUGUGCAGAAGCUCUUAUACUUCUCGACAAGAUUUCUGAAGCUGUUGAACAUCUGCAGCCAGACUGUGUGAAGGAUUUGUCCCUUAUUUCACCAGCUGUAGAAAAGGAAGGUGAAAAGGAUAAAUAUGAUGUAAUGACUGACCAGUCAAAACCAUUAAAACAAUGGUUUCCAACGUCAGUCCCAACAGCUAGGGUGGUGCUACAGUAUAAUUUAGCAGUUGCUUUUGCUAUUCGUGGAGAACUGGACAAAGCUGGUGAAACACUAAAACAGGUCUGGAUGUCUAAGAGCCCAUCUUGUGAUGUUCCUAUACAUGCUAUAAUGCUUGCACUCUACAUAGAAUUGCAAUUAGGUCAUGCUGAUGUUGCAAGGUCUAUCCUGAAACAACAUUCACCACAAUAUAGAUGAAUGCAGUACAGGGUAAUUGCUGUUUUGUGGACAAUGCAUGGUCCAGUCCAACUUUUUCCUCAGUUAUUCACAUGAAUGCCACAUAAGCUGUGUAAAGUAAGUAAUAUUGGUAUGAAGAAAGUUACACUUCUGUUGCAAUUUUAUACAAAAAUGCUUGUUAACAGUGAUAUAGAACAAGUGAUGAAAUGGAAUGUAAAAAUGUUUCUGUAUUUAUAUUCAGUAUGUCACUAUUUUCUGUUUCCUCCUACCAACCCACAGAAUCCUUUGUGUGUGUGUGUGUGUGUGUGUGUGUGUGUGUGUGUGUGUGUGUGUGUGUGUGUGUACAUACACAUACAUAUGUGCACAUGUGUGUGCGUGCGCGU